AGGUUAACAUUAUCUCUUGCAGUGAUCCCUUCAUCACCUGGCUUCAUAAAGAGUGGGGGCACCUGCCUGCCCGUGCCCUACAUCAGCUGUUGACUGACCGAGGGAGACGAACAUCGAGCGUGUCUAGGCAGCAGUGCACCCAAGCUGUUCAAGGGUGUCUGAGCUGCCAACAGGCACGAGUCACUAACAAGCCUGUCUAUGCUCAUGGUGCUUAUAGCCCUGAGCACUUUAGCCCAGGUAAAACCUGGCAGAUGGACCUCAUUGGGCCCCUCCCGGGGGCCAAACAGUAUCCAAAGGGGCUUGUAAUAGUUGACCUAGGGUCUCGUCAGUUAAUGUGUUCUCCCCUCAGGCGAUCUACUGCACCAGCUGUUUCUGUAGCCCUUCUCCAGGUAAUUGCUGCCUGGGGGGCACCCGAAGAGAUCCAGACCGAUGGAGGGCCACCGUUCACCAGUAAAGCUAUAGACCAGACGGUGUCCCAGUGGGGGGUGCGUCUUCACACCCACCUGCCAUAUCACCCCCAAAGCAACGGAGUCGUGGAGAGACGGAUCGGAAUGCUGAAGACCCAGAUUCGGGCCAUACUUGGCACCCCUGAUUACAAGGGGUGGGACCGGGUCCUGCCUCAAGCCCUCAUUUCCCUUAAUACAGCAUACAGCCGAUGGCCAGAAAUUGCUCCUAAACCACGGGAACCUUGGAAACCUGCCUAUAGUAUUUCUCAGCCAGUGUGGGUCUCUAUUCCCAAUGCCCAGGGAACCUGCACUCCACUAGCAGCCACCAUCAUCACACCUGGCCGGUUCCCUAACACCUAUCAUAUUCAAAUAGAUGGACGGGGCAAGCCUGACCUGGUCCACCACAACUGGCUUAGUGUUCGGUCAUAACAGGCCCUAAGAGGGGCCACUUUUCUUUUAUGUCUCCAUAGGAAUCAGUCACCAUGAUUGCCGCCCCGCCUCGAGAAAACCCCCUGGUUGCCUGGUUGAGAGCCUACGCCCUACAGGAGGUCCUCAUCGGGAACCUGUCAGAUGUCCCCCCAUCACACGAUUGCGUUGCCUGUACAAGACCAAAGGCCUCAGAGGGAGGGUCCCCCUUCCUCUGGGAGUUCCUCCCCCUCAUGAACCUGACUCCACAGCAUCCAGCUUCAGCCUGCAACAACACAGACUGGGUUCAUCGGCCUCUGUUCACGUGCAACACCACCAGCGACGACCGAAGACCCAACUCAUUCGCCCCUGUUGCGGUGACAGGACCACUCCCAGCAGCCCCCUGCAUCGUGUUCUUUGGCUUCUCCAAUCCCACUCCGUUGGGGCAGUAUCCCAAUUGCACCCAAUGGUUCAUAGGACCUCGGCCUAACUCAAACCCCAAGAAAGGAAGCUCAAGAUACCGCACUGAGUUCACCAGGACAAGUGUGGCUCUGUGGGAACAACAUUGCCCGGACUGCUCUACCCGCAUUCCCAAAGGGGGUAUGUGCCAUCGGGCAACUCGUCAUAAAGGGAGGAGGGCUCUUUCACCACCGUCGCCCCUUCUUCUCCUCACCACGCAAACGACGAACAGCCACCGCAUGGGAGCGACUCAAGUCAGCCACCGAGAUGGUCAUAGGAGGGUACAUACAGUUUAACCCCCUCUCAUACAGUUUAACUUUACAGCAAAUCCGUGGACUGUCGCUUGGUCUGGAAGCCCUCACCAACAUCACAGCAGAAGGACUUCGUCGAACCAGCGACGCCCUCACUAUCCUAGCCAACUACGCCGAGCAGAACCGUCUUCUGAUCCAGACCAUCCUACAGAAGGACUUUUGUGUCGCCUUGGAGGACCUCGAUCCUCGCUUUAAAGGACAAUGUUGCCUGCGCCUUCAGCCUGGGUGGAACAAUGUCUCAGCCGUGGCUGACCAACUAUCCUCCCUCGCCGUCCAGAUUCGUAAAGAGCAUAAGCAGUGGGAUUGGUGGCAAGCUCAGUGGUCCAGCUGGGGGUUGGGGACCUGGGCUCAGUCCAUCAAGCAGUGGCUUAUCACUGUGGCUAUUGUUCUUGUGGCC